UAAGAGAAUAAAGUUUUAUUCAAACGCAAGAUUGAUUAGAUCAGAUUUGAUUUGAUUUGAUUUGGGCAAAUAGAACAUCUUUUCAAUGAGGAAACAUCCUCUCAAAAAAAAAAAAAAAAAAAAAUGAUAACAACCACGUCCAGUGAGCAUCUAUGGAAGAAUGCAAUAAUUAAUUGUCCAAUAAACAAGUUGGGAGUCUUAAGUCAGCUUGGAUAGUUGUUCCAAGAAAUACUAUAUGCCACAGAAAAAGUCAUAAUGUCAAUGAGGGAAUUCACGGUUUUCUCUUUAAAUAUUGUUAACCUUGAAAAUGUAUAGAAACCCAAAAAAAAAAAAAAUUGGAACCAGCAGUUCUGAAUGAUGAUCUGAUCAGUUUUAUAAUAAAAACCUAGUUGCAAUUAGCAUGUCUUCCUUUCUUAAGUUUUUCAUACAAUCUGAUAUGAAGUGGGUGGCCAGGUAAAAGAGUGGGAAUGGUGUCUCUCCUUUCAAGCAAUGAAAGACUUUAGAAGAAAGAAAGUCUCAACCAACAACUAACAACCAGAAAUAGGGAAUAAGCCUCUGGGGGAGGCCAACAUCAACUUAAUUAUGUCCCUUCAGUAAUCUUCAAGUUUCCUCUAGGAAUUGAAGUCCUCUUAUUGCCACUCCAAAGCAGAGAGCCUCUCUUUCCUCCAAUGGAAAAAAACCAACCUUCCUAUGCCUUCUCAGUUUUCUGCUCAAUCUUUAUCUCUCUUGGCCUUGUUGCCUUCUCCACAUGUAUCGCCGCCGAGUUUAAGAGAAUACGGCUUGGAUUUUUGAAGUUAAAGGAUAUGAAAUUGGAUGGUGAACUCUGUUUUCUUCCACGGAGUUCGGCAUCUGGGUUAGGCCUUGUGGCUUUGAUAUGUCUCCUGGUUGCUCAGAUAAUUGGAAACUUGAUGAUUGGAAGCCAAUUUUGCUUGAAAGAGAAGAAAACCAGUGACCCAGCCAAGAAGCAAUGGAUACCAAUCAUCCUUCUUGUUCUAUCUUGGAUCAGCUCUGGAUUAGCAAUUAUAUUAUUGGGUACAGCCAUAAGUAUGAGCCAUAGGCAACCCUAUGGCAAAGGAUGGUUAGAUGGGGAUUGCUACUUCGUUAGAAGAGGGGUGUAUAGCGGAUCAGGUGCACUAGUUCUGGUUUCAGAAAGCCUAAUACUUGGCUCAGUUUUCACCAUUACAAGGACAAGACAUUGGAGAAAGAAGGUUGAUCAGGAGAUGAAGGUGAAUGAUGAACAAACACGAUGAGAUUAGAGAGGAUAGAAAUGUUGACCCACCCUCAAGCACUCAAGUCCUCUUCUCCAUUCUCAUGAUGACCAGCAGCCAAGAUUGAAAGAGUUGGAUGAGAGCAGGUGAGAAGAAAACCCAACUCCACCAGAUAAAACUACACUUUACACAGAAUUUAAAAAGAGCAUCAAUACUGUUUUUUGUUUCUACCUUUUUUUUUUUUUUUUUUGGGUAAGGGAUUUGGAAGGUCAGCAAUGGAGAGAUGCUGGCUUUGGGGGUCCCUGUCAUAGAAAAAUAAGAACCACAAUAAAGAAAGAAAGACACAGCCUCCUUGGAAAAGGGUUGGUCCAUAAUUCUUGUUUUUGUUCAAAGUUUGUACACUCUACAUAAUUGAAAAGAAGAGAACUCUGAAUUUGAACCAGUUGCAAAUCAAA